UCAAGAUGGCAGCCCUCUGUCGGUAUUCACGUUUCUCGGUAGUUUUGAACCAUGCACUUCGACACAGCAGAAAUAUAUCAUUAAUAAAUAAUGUGGAUGAGAAGAUAUAUAAGAAUUGCAUAACUCCUAUUUCUGAUCGUUCGUGGUCUCCUUACAGUCCCACUAGCUUGCAGAGACUUUACAGUACUGGAUCAUCCAGCUCUGAGGUGGGGAAAAAUGCAGAAUUAAGAACAGAAGCCAGUAAAAAUGAACAAAAGACUGAAGCUCAAUUAGAAAAGGGCACAGAAGCAAGUGAAAAUAUACUGACGCCAGAAGCACAAUUGGAGGAGAGCAUAGAAAUUAGUGAAAAUGCACAAAAGACUAAAGCACAAUUGGAGGAGAGCACAGAAGCAAGUGAAACUGUACAGAAGCCUGCAGUGCUAAUCGAAGAGAGCAUUAAAGCCAGUGAAACUGUACAGAAACCUGCAGCGCUAUUCGAAGAGAGCAUUAAAGCCAGUGAAACUGUACAGAAGCCUGCAGCGCUAUUCGAAGAGAGCAUUAAAGCCAGUGAAAAUGGACAGAAGACACAUGAUAAAGUGCAGGAGAUUGAAACAUCUAAAGUAAGAAAUGUAUCUGCUUUUGCCAAUCAAAAUGUUGGAUAUACACUGUUUAUGGAAGAUAAUUUUUUGGAUACAAGAAACAAAAACCUGCCUAACUUGAAGAUCAAUAACGUUGAAUAUCCUAGUGAUUUCCCAGCCUCAGAAUAUUGGAGACGCUAUAGGUUUGAUGAAGAAUGUGAAUGGACAGCAGUGGAAAGGGAAAUUCAGAAAUGUGACAAGAUGGGGAAGUUUUUGUCUUUAAGAUUCUUCAAUUUAGUGAUGAGGUGCGCUUUAUUCAAAGAUGACUUUACCGAGGACCAGGCUACUCGCCUGCUCUUAACAACGGGGUUUAGUGCGGCGAGAAUACCUCCGGCGGAACUUAGCAAGUGGACCGAGUUUUUAGACAACAAAUUCAUGCAAUUAGGCCACUCAUACUCAAUUCGUUACUACAAUGCACUCUUGAAGGUGAUGCUGGAACACAAGACAGACUUCUCUGUCGUUGACUUCCUCGCCAGAUUGGAGAAGGCUGGAGUAGCUCCAAACAGGGUUACCCUCGGUCGCUGCUUAAUGAAGUACUGCCGAUCUGGAAACAUGGAUGCAGCAAAUGAGAUACUGGAGCACAUGAAGGCCACAGAGACGCUGAUCACAAAAAAGGUGUAUCUGUCCAUCAUGUCCGGACACUUUGCUGCAGGGAACUAUGAUACAGCGAUGGCACUGUUCAAGGACAUGGAGCGUGUAGGAUUUGGUUUGGAGCAGACAGCAUUUCACGAGGCCAUUAUAGGCAACAUGCUUGCUGAUAACCGAGAGGGAGUCGUCAAGCUCUUUGAAGAUGCAAAAGAAGCAGACUUUGAAUUGAGCGAACAAGCGUUGUGUCAGUUGAUAGAAAGUGCAGCUGUCUACGAUAGACCGGAAUACUGUGAACUGUUCCUUGAGAAGCUGAAGGGUACCAGCAACCAUUACUACAAUCGAGGACUGGAAACACUCAUUCCACUUCUGCGAAGAGGGUAUUACAAGAUUGCUUAUGAUUUCUUCAUGGGAUUAGAGAACCCGUCGCCAUUUAUAAUUAUAAAUGCAAUGAUGGUUUCAGAUAUGCCUAGACAAGAAGAAUUAAGAUUUCUACAGCAGUUACGGCAAGACCUUAACGCACAUGAUGUAUUUGAGUCAUUCAUAGAAUCUUGCUACGGUCAACAUAAUUUUGAGUCGGCAGUGGGACUGUUGCCUCAUCUACAACGUGAGGGCGUCAAGAUAAAGCAUAUGGGAUUCUUGCCAAUCUUGAUGUACUUCAGGAAUUUGGACAAUUUUAAAGGUAUGAGAAAAGAAGUCUUGCCAUAUUUACCCAAGGACUCUGAUAUGAUAAGGGUUGUAAAAAGUGUCUUCCCCCCUACGACUGACUUCAUAGCUGUUUUACAGAAAAACAUGGGUUUAUCCAAAGGUCAAAUGGCUGCGUAUCGUAUUGUGGAUGCUAUUAGCAAAGCAGGAAGUGAUCUUACUUCGGUUAUAGCACAAGCUAAGCAAGCAGAGGAGAUUGAUGAAAUUUUACCUGGACUGGCCAACGUGAGCAAAGGUUACCUGCAAAAAACCCUUUUCCAGUACUCGAUGAACAAUGCUGGACAGUGGAAAGACAUCCUGGAGCUGAUGGCGGUAUUGAAAGAAAAGGGCCUUCACAUGCAGAACAAGGACUUUAUCCAACACCUAACAGCAAAUGUCAGCAAACAGGAGAUGAAAGAUGAGCUUCUCAAUAAGGGUCUGUAUUUGUCCUGGAAUUCCCUGAAGAGUCUCGGUUUGGCUUCUGUUUGUACAAAAGAGGAAGGCGAGAAAAUUACGAGUUUGGAUAAAAUCCGUUUUGCUGAUAUGCCCCUUGAGGAAUUGAAGAAGAGAAUGAUACACUUCCUUCACAUGUUUUCCUUCAGACGGGAACUGUUGAUCAAAAGUAGCCGUGCAAAGGACUUCGAGUUAUUUGAGAAAGUAUUGAGCUAUAAAACUAAAAACGACCCGAAAGACAUUUACGUAGAGGGAGUUAAGAGUGCCUACUACUUGCAACAGAAAAACGACCACAUGGAGGCUUACAACUGUCUCAAGUCUGUGGAAGAGAUCCAUUCAUCUCCUGGGCGGACAUGGUAUGUGAUGCAUCUGUCGAACUUGUCACUGGAACUUUGGAAAGCCAAUCUCUUUGAAGAGGCCAUAGAUGCUCUGACAUUGCGACAGAAAGAUUUUCAGAACCCUAAUGUGAAAAUUACACUGUCUCUGCCUUCUUUCCUGAUGAACCUUGAGCCUACAGCGGAAAACUGCCAACUGGUUCAGAGAUUGGUCAGUACUGCCAGAGAAUAUAACUUAAAGUUUACCUUUGAAGACAUGAUAACAUUUUUAGCCUCAAGCGGUGACAAAGAGCAGGUACUUGCAGGGUUGCAAAUGUACCAUACGUCAAAAAACGUCAACGUCACCUGUGGUCGACUGCUCAUGAUUGCCUUCAAACCAUUCUUGGACAACAGAAAAGAUUUGCAAAAUGUGUACGAGAAGCUCUCUCAGAAAUUCAAUGAGAAUUUGGUGCUGCUAGGACUUGCAGCUGUUCAUCUUGAGUUGGACAAAUUCUCCAAGUUUGAAAAGAUCAUCAAUACGCAGGGCUUACACAUUGAUCAUAAGGUGAUGACUCCUAUCUUCCUGAAAUGGCGGGAAGAAGACAAGGUGGAAUGUAUUGAUAAGUUUAUUGAACUGUCGAAAGGGGUGCCUGGAAACGUUCAAUUGGCGUACGACUGCAGCCAGCUAAGAUAUAUGUGUGAUGAAGUCAAAUUUUCAGUAGAGGAAUGUGUUGAAUUCUUUAAAAAUACGUUCCAAGGAGAACAGUCUCUACCACCACUGUACGACCUGAAGUAUUUCGGGACUUACUUAAAGAUGAAUAACCAUCCGCUACCAUUUGAUGAAUCACUUCUGAAAGGGAAUGAGAUGGAAUACAGACAGAAUGUUCGAAAACAAAGAAGCAUGGCACAAAAGGUAAAGGAUCGAUUAGAUAGAACGUCUGAGGAGGACCCAGGUGACCAAGUCGAAGGCAAUAUUGAGUUUGUCGAUUUGCUGACAACCAUGAAGAAACCGAAUAAUAAAGAGGAUAAGAGCACGGCUUUCCAGUCCUAAGAGUUCUUAUCAGAGUUGAUUCAAUAUAGUUUUAACUAUUGAUAGUCUGGCUUGAUGGUAAAUUGACAAGUGUUCAGAUACUAAGUACAUGUACUGUGCUAUAAUAUUUCAUUUAUAGUCAUGUGCUUGACAUAUAUGUACUGUUUGAGAAAUAGACAAUUAUGUUUAUCUCGUGUGUGGACAUUGUAAUUUCCUAAAGAACUAGCUACGUGUAGUUUCGAUGGCUGUUUUUUGUAUUGUGCAAAUUGUUUGAAAGACUGUGUUCAAACAGUUGUCAUUAAUAUAAAUUCUUAUUUUCUUCGAAUAUUAAGAUUGUUCAUGUAUUUGAAUUCAACAUGUUUUUGAUAUUCAUGCAAACUUUUGAAGUUGUGAAAAUGUGCAAGUAAAUGUAGUUGAUGGAAUCAGUUUUUGAUUAUGAUUGAGUUUGUUACCACAAAUGCUUGAUAUGUAUACAUUUAGUAUAUGGUAAAAGUGUACCAGUG